UAUUCUGGGAUAAUGUUGAUGAACUCUGAAAUCUGGAAUUGCAUUCUUUAGUCCAUUAAUAAAAAAACAGUCUUCCCUUUUGUUGAAUUUUAAUCUGUCCUCACUGCAUCCUUCCUUAGUUUUUUUCUCUUUGCUUAAGUGUCACACUGAAAUUAUCUUCCAUUCUGCAUCCCAGCCCAAAAAAAUUACAUGGCAUUUUUGGAUUCUCAGACUACCACAUUCAGUCGCCAUAAAAAACGCUUGCUGGUUGUUCGAGAGCUCAAGGAACAAGCACAGCAGGUGAAUCCUGAUGAUGAAGUGCCCCAUGUUCAAGAGUCAGACCUCUUCUCAGAAACCAGCAGUAUUGUGAGUGGAGGUGACAUGAGUGGCAGAUACUCCCAUAGUAACUCCAGGAUAUCAGCGAGAUCAUCUAAGAAUCGCCGCAAAGCAGAGCGGAAAAAGCAUAGCCUCAAAGAAGGGAGUCCGCUGGAGGACCUGGCCCUUUUAGAGGCAUUAAAUGAAGUGAUACAAAGCACUGAAAAAUUAAAAGAUGAAAUACACCGUAUUUUAAAGGUACUCUUCCUCUUUGAGUUUGAUGAGCAAGGCAGGGAGUUGCAGGAGGCCUUUGACGGUACUUUACAGCUGAUGGAAAGGUCACUUCCAGAAAUUUGGACUCUCACCUACCAGCAGAAUCCAGCCAUACCCCAUGGCCGCCCGCACCAAAUGGAGGUGAAAGCCCGCAGCCCAGAAGGGGCGGGCCCAGGCAACCAAACAAACCUCAGGGGGCCAAUGGAGAAGGACAGGGGCGGAGCUAAUGUGGCAUCGGCCAAAGGGAGGUGGGCUUGGUUCGUGCAGCCUGGUCUUUCCGGGCUUCGGCUGCCACGUUAUAGUCAGGUUUUGCAGCUGGAUUUUGCCCGGUGUUGUGCCACCGUCAGCGCUUCCGGGUUGAACUUCGCCUGA